CUUUGAAGUUAAAAGACAAUUUUGAUACAAAUCUAAAAGUCGAGGGACCAAAUUAGUAUUUUAACCUAAUUUGAUGGGCUUUUUCCACUUCUGCUUAAAAGGAUCUGCUCCGGAUAUUGGGAAUAUGGAUACCAAGAUCAGAAGAUUGGUUCAAUACGCCUGCCUACCUGUAAAAUAUUUUCCAUCAAACAAACUUCUUUGAUGACCUAGAAGAUGCAUGCUCGACAAUUUCUAGGAACUGCUUGAAUGUUUAGCAUUGGAGACAGCACAACAGAAAACUACCAUGUUUGAAACUUGGAUGCCCCUGCCCCACUCUCUAUUUACCACGGAUGUGCUCAAAUGAGUAUGUCAGAACUUGCCUUGCCUUGCCUUCCCUUGAGGAAAUGCAUAACUUCACAUGGGAGAGCCAUAGUGAUAAAUUCCCGACCCUAACAUCGGUGCUAGUGGAUGAUUCCGUGCAAUGUGCACAGAAACAUGCAUCUCAUUUGAUUUUUCAAGUUUCAACUCCGUGCUUCCUCUACUCAUAUUCAUUCAUUGGACAUCUGCAUUCUCUCCCACAGUCCAAUACCAUUGAAGUUGACUUUUGCUGCCAACAUUUGGAGGACAUGUCCAUGAUGGAAUCGGACACUAAUAAAGAAUCUAAAAGACCCAAAUGUAAAACAUGGGCAUGUAAUUGCUCACCCCAAUCAAUUCUAGCAAUACCUGCACAGCCAGAAAUGACUGCUGCAAAGGUGAACUCAUUAGGACACAGACACCUCAUUCCUGUAUCCAUUGAAAUGCCCUUAUGGCAUUUUCUUCUAGUCUCAGCUAAACAUAAGUUGAUAUAAGAGUUGUCCAAGAAACCACAUCUGGUCUGCUCAUCUUUUCAAACAAAUGCAAACCAUAGUUUGAUUUGCCACAUUUGUUCUACAUAGUUGCCAGAGCGUUUGCUACACAUGUAGUAACAUCAAAACCAGCCAUUGAAGCAUGUGCAUGUAACUCCCUCCCCUAAUUCAAAGCUCCUAAAUCAGCACACGCCUUCAAUGCAAUAGCUAAAGUAUAUGAAUCAUACCUUACUCCUGAUCUGCGCAUUUCAAAGAAGUAGAAUAAACCCCGCUUAUAGUAACCAGCAUGAACCAGCCCAGUAAUAAUAGAUGUCCAUGAUACUACAUUCCUCAGAGGGAUUUCAUCAAAAACUCUACAAGCUUGCUCAAUUUUGACAAAUUUUGAAAAUAUAUCCAAGAGG